CGUGCCUCCAUGCCUCGCGACGCACAGCCUCAGCUUGUAAAACAGGGGUUACAUUAAGGUUAGCGUGCUGCGUCCAGACGAUUGAUAAGCGUACUGAAGCCCGACCAGCACUCCCACCACGUCGGAGCGAAGCUGCAAGCUCUGCGCAUGCAACAAUCGGAAGUCGGGAUAUCUCUGACCAGGGCGUCCAUUCGGCCGCAAAGCGGAGCAACCGCUGCAUCUCAGCAGCUGUCGUAACGCCAUCGCUGCAAGAGACGCCGCCGCCGCGGCCCCGGCACGCAUAACCGCAAGACGCGCGCUUAUCCGCCGCCGCACGACAUCGCAGCCAUUUGCUGCAUCGAACCGCCGCCGCCCGCAGGUCAAUAAGAAACCAUGCGCGCCGCGUUAGCCAAGACGCUCAAGGCGACGGCGCAGCCGGCGCUCCGCGCGAACGCGCGCGCCGUCUCGGGCCUCCUCGAGGGCUACGGCGACCACGUCUUCAAGGGCGCGACCGCCGAGCCCUACCUCGCGAAGCAGGGCUUGAGCGCCGCCACCCUCAGCAACGCCGAGUGGACCAAGGACGCGGCCAUGGCCGACAAGGUCGCGGCGGCCGUCCUCGAGUGGGCGACGGAGAACGACGCGACCACCUUCACGCACGCGUUCCAGCCCCAGGGCGCCAGCGGCGUGCGCCACGGCCUCGUGGGCAUGGUCCAGAACGCCUUCUUCAAGUUCGACAACGACGGCGUUCCCGUCUGGGACCUCAAGGGCAAGGACCUCAUCCAGGGCGAGACGGACGGGUCUUCGUACCCGUCGGGCGGCCUCCGCGGCACGCACUGCGCGAGCGGCUACGUCCAGGUCGACUCGUCGUCGCCGAUCUACCUGCGGGGCGACACGAUCUUCAUCCCGUCGUGCCUCGUCUCCUUCUUCGGCGACGCGCUCGACGAGAAGACGCCGCUCCUCCGCUCGGUCGACGCCCUCAACCGCGAGGGCGUGCGCCUCCUCAAGCUUUUGGGGUAUGAGGCGACGGGCCUCGGGUCGAACAUCGGCCUCGAGCAGGAGAUCUUCCUCAUCCCGCGCGACAAGUACACGGAGCGCCAGGACCUCAUGCUCGCGGGCCGCACGAUCAUGGGCGCCGACGCGCCGCGCGGCCAGGAGAUGUGCGACCACUACAUGGCCGCCCCCAGCCACGCCACCGCGGCGCUCGCGUGCAUGCAGGAGAUCCAGGCCCAGUGCUUCCGCCUCGGCAUCCCGCUCCGCACGCGCCACCGCGAGGUCGCGCCGAACCAGUACGAGUUCGCGCCCUUGUUCGGCACGGCCACGACGCAGAUCGACCAGAACUUGGUAGUGAUUCAGCGUCUUCAUUGAAGUUGAACUUGACGUGGUCGCGGCGCCGCGACGCCGUCGACGUGGCCGUGAGAGAGUCCACGCGUCUCGCGAAUGAGCAGAGACAGUUUCGUGAUUGUAUGAUUCCACACAGGUCGUGAUGCAGAUCAUCGAGGAGACCGCGGCCCAGUAUGGAUUGGCCGCCCUCCUCCAGGAGAAGCCCUUCAACAACAUCAACGGGUCCGGCAAGCACAACAACUGGUCCAUCGGCACGCACGACGGCGUCAACCUCCUCAACAUCGGCCAGAUCACCAAGGCUGCGGGCGACGACGCCUUCCCGACGAUCAUGGCCGCCAUCGUCUCGGCCAUCGACAAGCACGGCGACUUGAUGCGCAUGGCGAUCUCGAGCCCGGGCAACGACUUCCGCCUCGGCGCCUGCGAGGCGCCGCCGGCCAUCGUGUCCACCUACCUGGGCGACGACAUGACCGAGUACCUCACGGCCUACGCUAAGGGCGGCGGCAAGUACGAGCCCAAGACCAAGGACCUCUCCAUGGGCGUCGAGGGCAUGCGCCACAUGGAGAUCCCCGCGCAAGACCGCAACCGCACGUCGCCCUUCCCCUACGGCGGCCACCGCUUCGAGUUCCGCGCCGUCGGCUCGGCCCAGAACGUGUCCCUCGUGAACACGGUGCUCAACACGAUCACGGCCAACGCCUUCAAGGAGGUCGCGGACCGCAUCGAGGGCGGCGAGACGGCCCAGGCCGUCGCCGCGGACCUCAUCAACACGCACGUGCCCAAGGUGACGCGACGGCGUCUGCUCGACGAACUUCUCGGUCAGCGGCCAUGGUCGCUUGCGUCCGGAGAGCAGGGAGAGUGUGGUUUUGGAUGGCGCGGAGCACGCGACUCACUGGUUGGUUCCCACAGGUCGUCUUCAACGGCGACAACUACGACGAGGCCAACCAGGAGAUGCUGACGAAGCGUGGUGUCUGGCGCAUCGACUCGGGCGUCGACGCCAUCUGCCGCUACAGCGACCCGAAGAACACGGCGCUCUUCGAGGCCAUGGGCGUGCUCAAGCCCAACGAGUGCGCGGCGCGCCAGGCGUGUUUACUGCGUCCUGUUGGUUUCUGUGACUUCCGCGGCGAUGGCGUGCUGUUCGUUCGAGGCUUGGCGUGGACCAAGCCACAUGACUCAGCAACAACGAGAGACAUACUAUCGCAUAACACGCCAUCGACGCGACCAAACCCGCCAACGGUGGAUGUGCACGCAGGAAAUCCUCCUCGACCACUACGUUGGCACCGUCGACAUCGAGGCCAAGUGCAUGGUGGACAUGAUCAACAAGCACGUCCUGCCCUCGGCCAAGGCGGCCGAGCUGCCCCAGGUCGCGGCCCUCGAGGCCGCGCUCGACACGCUCGGCAAGGCCAUCGAGGAAAUUCAUGCGUCGUCGGGCAAGCCGCAGGCGGACCUCGCGCGCACGCUGCGCCUCGAAACCAUGAUCGAUAUCAGGGAGGUGUGCGACGCCGCCGAGGGCCUGUGCCCGGCGGACCUCUGGACGCUCCCCACGUACACGGACCUGCUCUUCCUCGACCAGACCACGAACGUCGACAAGAACUACUUCCCUUAGGGCGGCGCUCGCGCGCUGCUCCCGCACACCGCGGUCGCAAAAUUCCCUCCCCCACUAUCCCCUCCCGGACCGCGUCGAGCGCGCCCAAACGGGGUCGUGUACAUAGACGCGAAAGACUACUCUAUCUAUCU